AUGUCUGCUGCACCAUCUCCUGCUCGUGACCCCAUGCCUCCACACGAUCCCGAGCAUGUCCCCAAGCCAGACCCUAUUCAUUUUGAUCAGCCUAAUGUUGCACCUGUCGACCCUGAGCCGAUUCCUGAUCAUGACCAGGUUUCGUUUGGACUACCUGAUAUCGCACCUCUUAUUCAAGACCCAGUACCCGCACCUAUUGAUCUUCCUCUUGCUGAGCCAUUUAUUCCUCCACCCACAUCCGCUGAUGUUGCUCCUCUCCCUCCUGUAGAGUCUGAUAUCCACCGCACUGAUUUGCCGAUUAUUUUCUUACAGGACAUCCCUGCACCGCAUCCAGGGGAAGGUACUUCGAGCCAGCACCCGAGAUAUGACCCUUUUGCCUCAGCAGCUUUCCCUCUGAUUCCUCAGACUUCACCAUUUGCUCCCUUCACUUAUACAUCGCUUGACGAGCCAUUCCGAUGGUUCCCACCGUACUCUAUACCGAUUUCAGACCCCUAUCAUCCCUCCCAUUUUGUUGGCUACACACGGGAUGAGUUGCUUUUGUCUUUGCAGUUACAGUUUGAGGUAUUAGGUCGCAGAGUUUUGGAGCUCGAGCUGACUCCACGUCCUCCACCUUGUCCCUGUCAGUCUACUUUUGUUCCUCCACAUUUAUCGUCAUCUCCUUUUGCACAUCCACCUGCUCCUUCUCAUUUUCCGGGUGUUGAUGCCCGUUCCCUGACUAUCGAGCAGCAGAUUAGCUUUUUGCUUCGCCGUGUGUAUGAGCGCGAGGAGGAGCUCGCACAUGUUCGCAGUUUGCUUUUCUCCCCUCCUCCUCCUCCACCAUCAGCACAGUAA